CACCCAGUUUCCAAUGUUAUUCCAUUCGCAAGGUUUGGGAUGGACAUCAUUGGAGCCUUCCCCCAAGCACAAGGGAGGAAGAAGUAUGUCAUGGUUGCUAUCGACUACUUCACAAAAUGGGUAGAGGCCGAGGCAUAUGCAACCAUCACAACCAAGCAGUGCCAGCGCUUCGUCUGGAAGAAUAUAAUCACCAGGUUCGGCUCUCCUCGAAACAUUGUGACGGAUAACGGGCCUCAAUUUCGGAAUCCAGGGUUCACCAAAUACUUGGAGGACUUCGGGAUUACUCACAACAAGGCUUCCGUGGCCUACCCGCAAGGGAAUGGUCAGGUGAAGAAUGCAAACCGCACAAUAGUCGAUGGGAUUAAAAAGCGGUUGGGUGAGGCAGGAACAAAUUGGCUAGAGGAGUUGCCACAUAUCAUCUGGGCUUACCGAGUCACUUCGAGAAGGGCCACAGGGGAAACACCCUUCGUCCUUACGUACGGGUGCGAGGCCAGACUACCCAUCGAAGCUAAAAUAAUGACCUUCCGGGAAAAGAUCUAUGAGGAGAAAGGGAAUGAAGAAGACCAUAUGGCAGAACUGAACUUACUGGAGGAAAGGCGGAUGGUCGCUGAGGCUAAAAUGAUAGAGUAUCAGCAAGCAACCAAGGCCUACCAUGAUAACAAGGUAGGGCCUCGCUAUUUCCAGGUGGGUGAUGAGGUCUUGAGACGAAGGGAGGCUAGCAAACCGGGAGACGGGGGAAAGCUUGCAAAGAAAUGGGAAGGCCCAUAUAGGGUCACAGCAAUAUUACGCCCUGGGACGUACAAGUUAGAAACCAUGGAAGGUAGAGAAUUGGAAAGGUGCUGGAAUUCCCACCACCUUAGAAAAUUCUACCGGUAGGCCAAAUUGGUAGGGCUUGCAUUUGUAAUACCCCUUCAAUGAUGAAUAAAAGUUUUCUUCAAUACAAGUGAUGUUGGGUC